AUGGGAACGUCUGAGGAACACCUGGGGAACAUCAUGGGAACGUCUGAGGAACACCUGGGGAACAUCAUGGGAACGUCUGGGGAACCUCCCGUCCACACCUACAUCCUCGGAGCGGCGACCCAGAAGACGGUGAAGAGUUUCCCGAGCGCCGACGGCUGCGAGCUGGCCGACAACAUCACGUAUCUGGGUCGGCGCGGCGUGUUCACCGGCGUGUCGGGGCUUCAGAUCGCCUACGUCAGCGGGCGGGAGGCGCUGCAGGAGCCGGCGCCGGCUCACUGCUUCACGCCCAAAGACCUGGCGGCGCUCGUCGCCCCGCUGAGCGGCGGCUCCAAUUUCAGAGGCGUCGACGUGCUGCUGACGUCCCAGUGGCCGCGCGGGGUGUGGCAGUACGGGAACCCGCCGGAAGUGAACACAAAGUUCUGUGGCAGCGACUCCGUCGCCGACCUCGCCGACCACCUGAAGCCGCGCUACCACUUUGCAGCUCUAGAGGGCGCUCACUACGAACGAGUCCCCUACAGGAACCAUGUGAUUCUCCAGGAAAACGCUCAGCACGUCAGUCGCUUCAUCGCCCUGGCAGCCGUCGACAACCCGGCCAAGAAGAAGUAUCUCUACGCCUUCAACAUCGUCCCCAUGAAGCUGAUGGAGCUGUCGGAGCUGGUGAAGCAGCCGCAGGACGUCACGGAGAACCCGUACCGACGCAAGGACAAGAAGACGAGCUUCAACGCCCCCCAGGAGCCGGCCGGUCAGUUCUUCUUCGACCUGAGUCAGAAGGGGGGGGCGGGGGGGUUCAGAGGCCGCGGCAGGAAGAGACACUCGGACGAGGACGGACGAGGACGAGAGCAUCAGCAGCGUGACGGAGGAGAGGGGCGUGGCGGAGAAGAGUGGCAAAACAAACAGCCCCGCCGGCCCCCUCAGCCGACCGGUCCCUGCUGGUUCUGCCUGGCCAGUCCUCAGGUGGAGAAACACCUCGUCAUCAGCAUUGGGACGCAUUGUUACCUGGCCAUGGCCAAAGGCAGCCUGACGCCGCUGCACAUGCUGAUCCUCCCCAUCGGCCACUUCCAGUCGGUGGUGGAGCUCAGCGACGAGGUGCUGCUGGAGAUGGAGAAGUACAAGUCGGCCCUGAAGAGCUUCUACAAGAGCAAAGGAGAGCGCUGCGUUCUGUUCGAGAGGAACUACCGGAGCCAGCACCUGCAGCUGCAGGUCGUCCCGGUGCCGCUGGACCGCUGCACCACGGAGGACAUCAAAGAGGCGUUCAUGGUCCAGGCUCAGGAGCAACAGAUGGAGAUGAUGGAGAUCCCUGAACACACUGACCUCAAACAGAUUGCUCCUCCUGGGACACCGUACUUCUACGUGGAGCUGGACUCGGGGGAGAAGCUCUACUACCGCAUCCAGAAACACUUCCCUCUGCAGUUCGGGAGGGAGGUUCUGGCCAGCGAGCCGCUGCUGAACAUCCCGAGCCGAGCCGACUGGAGGGAGUGUAAACAGAGCCGAGAGGAAGAAGAGGGGAGCUGCAAACAGCUGAGAGACGACUUCCAGCCCUUCGACUUCGCCUGGGAAGACUAACACACACACACACACACACUGUCUACAGAAUCUCCUCCUUUUUAUAUUGUGAAGGUCGACGCCGCUCUCCUUUCUGUACGUUGAAUGUGCAGCUGCAGCCGGUUAGCGUAGCUUAGCAUAAUGACUGGAAGCGGGUGGGGGUGGCUAGCCUGCAUCUGUCCUGCUUACCUUCUUUAUGCUAAGCUAAGCUAACCAGUCGCAGCUUCUUUUUUUUAACGCCUUAUUAUUUUCUACUCCAUGGGUGUUCUGUCUAGUCCCGCCCCUCUGUGCUAUGAUUGGCUAGUACUGCCUGGUACUACUGUGCUAUGAUUGGCUGAUUAUCAUGCAGAUCAACACAAUAAGUUUGUAUUUUGUAAAAAUUCUACAAUUAAACUCUUAUUUUGGGUU